AUGUCACUCAAAGAUGAAGUGGAAAAACAAAUAGCCAAAUUACUCGAUGACGGCGGAGACUUUGCGGAAAUAUUUAGCAAUAGAAAAAGUAUAUUUUCUUUCAAUGUUCGAACAAUUUGCGAUGCACGUUUGAAGUUUUUGGGUAUAAAUUUGGGUACAGUAGAAAGAUGGCCAGGGUCUACACAUGAAGCUACCAUAAUGCGGAACUUUAAUAUUAUUUCUCGUCUUGAAUCUGUAGAAUUUGGAGAUACACUAGUGCUUGCUGAUAAAGGAUACGUAAACAAUCAGCGGAUUUUAACUCUCCUUCAUUCCGUCAACAGCCCAGCUGAAAGAUUAUAUAACGAAUCGCAUAUUCGAUCUAGAAAUCCAAUUGAACGCUCUUACGAUGUCUGGAAACGUAGAUUUCCUAUACUGUCUUUAGGUAUACGAACGAAUUGCACAAAAGUGCAAUCAAUAAUUGUCGUCACAGCAGUCUUGCAUAAUUUAUGCUGUUUGCAUCACCACACUGAAGCACCUUCUUAA